UUUAUAUGAUAGCACAUAACUGGUCGACCAUUAUUGAGUGAAUAUGGCACAAUCAAAGCUUAUUCAAACGUGCAAAAGCAAAAUUACCAACAAGAAGCGAAUUGGUAGUGGUAGUUUUGGUGAUGUGUAUAAAGUGAGUCAUACCGAUUGGGGUGAAGUUGCUUUGAAAGAGAUGAAGAACUUUGAAAAAGCCACUGAUAGGGACAAACGGUCACUUGAAAAAGAAGCCACUUUAUUAUCUUCUUUACGUUGCAAGCAUAUAGUUUUACACUACGGCAUUAUCAAGGAACCUUGCAGUUUUGGCUUAGUAAUGGAAUUGAUGCAUCAUGGAUCUGUGAAGCAAUUCCUAGAAAAUUAUGAUGUUGCAUGGGCAAUGAAAGUCGACAUGGUGCACAGCAUUAUACUCGGGAUGAACUAUCUCCACACCACAGCAGAAAUUGUACAUAGAGACUUGAAAAUUGAAAAUGUGCUUGUUAAUAGACGUUUCCAAACAAAGGUGUCUGAUUUUGGUUUGGCCAUAUGGAAUAGAUGUUCUACGCGAUAUCGCAAAAAAUCGUCAUAUGAACUAAUUGGCACUAUAAGUCAUAUAGCACCAGAGAGUCUGGAAGAUAUCAACAAAAAACCGACUUAUGAGUUUGAUGUUUACAGUUUUGGAAUAACUUUGUGGGAAUUUAUUACCAUGGAAGUACCAUUUGAAAGGUGGGCAGAUCAUAGCAUAGGAUCAAGAGAUGAACUACAAGGGGUAGAGAAGUUCACAACAGUUGGUCGGAAGAUCACAGUAUAG